AUGGCCACCCAGGACCUGACGAUUCCGUCCGUUAUCUCGACAUCACGCGAAGGCACCCAGCUCGCGACCUUCGCCGCCGGCUGCUUCUGGUCAGUCGAGCUGGUGUUCCAGCGCAAGGACGGCGUUCUGCAGACCCAGGUCGGCUACACCGGCGGGCACGAGGGCAGCACCACGUACAAGGAGGUGUGCUCGGGCACCACCAACCACGCCGAGGCUGUGCGGCUUGAAUUCGAUCCCAAGGUCAUCUCGUACGAUACACUGCUGACGGCCUUCUGGAACAAGCACGACCCGACCCAGGGCAGCCGCCAGGGUGGCGAUGUCGGCACUCAGUACCGGUCAGCUAUCUUUUACCACACCGAGGAGCAGCGCAACCUGGCCGAGGCUAGCAAGGUGGAGCGCCAGAAGCUGUACGAGAACAAGAUUACAACUGAGAUCGUGCCGGCAGGCACCUUCUACGCUGCUGAGACAUACCACCAGCGGUACCUCGAAAAGGGCGGCCAGUGUGCGUCCAAGGGCUGCUCUGACAACAUCCGCUGCUACGGAUAAGUGCAUCUCCAGAAAAAUAUCUCCUUUGAAUCACGUAAACUUCUGUCUAAAUUGUCAUUCUAAAAGCUUUAAACUACU